AUGAUUUCUCGUUCUGUUAUCCCUAUUAUCAUUUUCUUGGCUUUGGUUUCAGUGACGGUUGGUCUGGAGAGCAAACAUUGGCAAUGGAGAUUGAUCACAUGUAAAGCUGGUGAUGCCAAUUUACAAAAGAAAGAUGCAUCCUCUUGUAAAGUGUCUCUGCUGGAAACUGAAAAUGACCCAAAUCCACGACCAGCACCAUUUGACCCGUGUUUUGAGGAAGAAAACGCUGGAAAACCCCGCAACUACUGUAACAUCAUUUGCCCAGGAGCCGAUACAGCUUAUCUAAUCAAACGAAUCCCACAAAAUCACCGAUCCUGCUUCGGACACUUCACUUACAAAAUUGAGAAGAGAUCUCCAAACUUUUUCAUUUGGAGAGAUGCCAAAAAUUUCGAUGUGAAUGACGUGGAAAAUAAGGCAUGCAAAGAUGACUGUGAGGCUGAAAAUGUGAGGGAAUGGACAGAAAAAGGAACAUCCUACGUUCUUAUGGAACAGACUGCGAACAAAGAAUGCUUUCAACUUUUCCAAUUAUGUAUCAAGUAUCGAACGUGUCAAGAGAAUUGUGUCCCCGAGAUGCCAGUUCUGCCAUACAAGCAAGCAAAAGAAAUCGCUGAGAGAGUUCGUCCUCCACUGAAUCCCUGUCUGGAUCUGGUGACAGUUUGCAAUUUCGAAUCAAUGGAUAGUUAUGAGACCUUGAGAACUGAAAAUCCGUUUCUUUAUAUUUAA